AUGGGUUCGGGUAGUCACGGGCAGGUGCCGCGUCCCAGUAACGAACUGCAGGGCAGGGUCAGAACACGCAGACGCAGCAGCGAGAAUGCCAGCCAUGGCGGAUUGGCGGGCGCGCAGGUUUGCACACCGGAUGAGAGGCGGCGCGAGCGCUCAUGGUGGUCGUUGAUGCCAAGAGCGCCGCGCGCGCUGACGGCGGAUCAGCUAGUGUUCGCCAUCGACGUUUUUCAGAACAGCUUCUGGGUGCUCUCCUGCUCGCUCAAAGACCUGAGCGGAACCAAGCCGUAUCACCACUUCUUCUCCGUCGCCACCGGCUUUCCGCCCAUCGACGGCCCCCCCGGCGCCUUCAACCGCGCGAAGCGUGCGCGCGCGCCGACGGAGUACGAGCUGCCGGCGGACUGGGUGGACGCGCUCACGCUGAGCUGCGUCGCCACCAAGAAGAACCGCCCCGACGUCUCCCUCGAGCUCUCCGCCGCGCCCUGCCGCGCGUGGUUCGUGCCCUCGCAGGGCUCCUUCCCCGCCGCGCACUGCAUCCAGUUCCGCGGCCGCCUCCACCACACAGGCGCGGGUGCCGCCGCGGCGGCGGGGGAAGAGCGGGAGGGCGUGGCGGCGCAAGAGCAGCAACCGCAGCAGCAGCAGCAGCAGCAGCGGGUUUUCAGAGGAGUUCGUGUGUACGCUGGAGGCGCGGGAGCGGUUUGGGUCGGUUCCAGCGGACAACCAGUGGCACGUGGUGAAGCUGUCCGCGCAGCUGGGGGGAGACGCGGGCGCUAG